UAGGGACACCACCCGUUUGAAGGUCACGGUGAAGGACACGAGGAACAUCAUUAAUAGACAUAAUACAACCGUGCAACCGAAAUUACCCUUUGUAGAUCUAGUUUAACUGUUAUUGGACCUCCUGGACGUCGUUCAGAGUUGUCAUAAGUAAGAGUUCGAACUUGAAAGGCUUCUGGUGCCUGUACCUUAGUUGAUCUUGUGCCACCACUACUACCGUGCCAUUGAAGUGUAUGUUCAGCCCGGAAACUGUCGGAUAUAGUGCAGCACAGUGCCGUAUAUGUUGUGGAGUGUAGUCGGUACCAGCUCGCUACUCAGAGUCAGACAUGUACUUUACCCUUGUCUCUUUUUCAUGUCAUGCACUCCGUUUCUCAUAAGUUUUCGCAAAGGAGAACAUUGAUCAACGGCCUUCGCCUCUUCUGGAUUUCUUUGAUUUUCUGGUAUGACUACGGAAUCUUUCGAUAUCGGAGUGGAAAAUGUGGCUGGCCACUGAUAGAUUCCGACCAGACACCAGAACAUGUACUUCUCGUUGCUGACCCUCAAAUUAUCGACCACCGCUCAUACCCAGGUCGACCUGCGUUGUUGACAUACAUAUCUCAACUCAUUGUUGACCUCAACCUGAGAAAGAACUGGCGCGCAGCAUUACGGUCUGCUCCUGAUGUGGUCUUUUUCUUGGGUGAUUAUAUGGAUUCCGGGCGAGCUGUGAUGUCAGACUCAGAGUAUGAACGCUACACUCAACGGUUCAUGAACAUCUUCACCAUGGACAGUAGGAUCCCGAGAUACUUCAUCCCUGGUAACCACGACAUAGGCUUAGGACCUUCUACUUUGUUCUCGCCACAUGCCCGGACGCGUUAUACAUCUCAUUUCGGGCCUUUGAAUAGUCAAAUAUCUAUCGCAAAUCAUACAUUCGUAUUGAUAGACGCUCCAGGGUUGGUAGAAGAAGACUAUAAGCGACAUGGCCUUGGGAAGAGUUACGAUAAGUGGAAAGCGCUGGCCGGAGGAACGAUAGAUUUUGUCAAAUCAUUUGCGGCAAAAGACAAUACCGAACCAACUAUCUUGUUUUCGCAUAUCCCGCUCUCGAGACCUGAGGGAUCAAAUUGCGGACCUGUUCGAGAACGAGGAACGAUCCGCCGAGGCGUAGGCCUGGGAUACCAAAAUACUCUUGGAAAAGAUUCGACCAAAUUUCUGUUAGAACACUUGAAACCGGCCUUGAUUUUCAGUGGUGAUGAUCAUGACUAUUUGACUGUGAAAUCUUUGAGCAUGGCCAUGGGUGUGAAGAAGCCUGGAUAUCAAAUGCUCUCAAUCGUACCUCCAGGAGGCCUCACUAGCACAAUAUCCGACGCACCGUGCUUAAUGCCAGAUCAACUGGGGAUCUACCUUGACGUCUACAUUCCGCUGGCACUAGCUUCCCUCGCCCUCAUCCUCAUCGCAUGUAUCGUUCGUGGUCAGCAUUACCGCCGAUGCCGAUGGAGCUUCCAAUUUCUUUCGCAUACCAAGCAGAGAUCAAAGGAUGGUACCGGAUCCUUGCAAUCUAAACAUGUCAGAAGGCCUACUCGUUCGAGGAUCGUUAUAGACGAGUAUGGGUUUACCCUUGAUGACAAUGACAUGGACCAAAGACUGCCCCCACCAGCCUCAGCUACUGUGACUGCAAAGAAGAAUGCACUGCCCACUAUCCUCUCGCAAAGUCGAAGAUUAUUUUGUAGGCUGGUGUCAUUACAAACUCUAACAAAGUUAGUGUUUGCAAGCAAUAGGCGAGGUGGCUUCUUCAGGGAAUUUCUAUGUGAUGUCCGAGACGUGGCCAUUUUCCCGUUGGGGAUCAUAUUUCUCAUCUCAUUAUGGACUUUUCUGGACUUUUGAUUGCUGUCGUGGACGAAUGAGUGUACGAUUGUAGGAUGAGGUUAUCGUGAUAUGGAAUAUUCAAAUUUUGGGACGAUUCAAUGCCUGACGGCGGGAAGCUAUCGAAAAUGCUC